AUGCAGGAAUACUCGUGGGUUCUUCAGCAGUCUGAUACUUACCUUGUUAGACCGUUUUCGAGAACUGCAAAUCAGCUGCAUGAGGUGUUUCGGCCUCUUAAGAAGAUGUCUGCUUUACACAUCUUUUUCGACAAGGCAGCAGCUUCUCUUUUAAUUAAGAUUCCCAGACUUCAGCUCGACUUUUACAUAAAUAAGGGGUCAGAAGAUAUAAUAUCUCGCCAAUACAGAGGGAUGCACGUUAACCCUCAACAAGCCAUCAGGACGCUCAUUGGGCUUGCCGACAAGUUGGUCUUGGUCAAGGUCGGGGACAGCCAAAACCGGUCGGUGCUCAUUCCAGAUUGGCAACCCAAUUAUUCAAGAUCACCCCAUAACAAUCAUGUCACUGUCAAUUUGCACUACUCUACUACAAGGGUUCAAUCAUACCAACUAAAUCAUCAUCUCCACUGCUUGACAGGAAACGGAAGCCUAAAGAGCAAGCUAUUUCUUGCGGAACUCCAUGCCCUGACGUCUGGACUCAUUGAGGACCCGUUCACUCUUCAUACCGGUACUGAGGAGGCAUUAACAAUCUUGCGAUCAGCUGGCGUCCACUCAUUCAGUUCUCUUUCCGAAGCAGAAAUAGAAAUUCUGAAGCGAAUUGCCACAUUGUCUCCUGCCCGUACCUUCUACCCGAAGCAUCUCAAAGUCAUGCAGGUGGAUAAUCAAGGGCUAAGCCCAUUACUACAGCAUUUAGACUUCAGCAGAAUAGUCCGCGCCUUAUUCAAGCAAGCUUCAAAAGCAUCCUUCCUCUACAAGGACUUCAUCAAGCCUCCAACAAUAGAUAGGCAGCAUCAAGGCCUUGAGGACCGCGAAGCUAUCAGGUCAGCUUCCUUCUACAAAGCCGGCUUUGGAGCUGAGUGGCAUACGAUAGCCGAAGAUGUCCCCUACAACAGGACUAGGGAUAGAGAUCAAAACUCCCAGCGUGCAAUUCGAGUAUCGAAAGUAGCCGCUGUUUUCCGUGAGAGUCCUGUUCAACUUCCAUUUCAAAUCUCCCUGGAUGCGGCUCAGAAAAUAUAUACCAAGCUCGGUGGUCUUCCAAUCUUUAACCCCAACCAAGCGGGGCUUCAUAAUUUAUCGUUUAAUGCUAAGUGGGUUGGGACCGCGUGGGGAGGGAUACAAAAGGCUUUCGAGACAAGGAACCCCGAUGACCACUUUCUACUGUUUUCAUGGGUGGUCUCGGUCGCCUUUGCGAAGGAUAUUGACGAAUCUACGCUCAGCGUAUUACUCGGGCUUAUGUUCUACCCCCAGUAUCGUCUGAUGGCCUUUCCACAAAAUUGUUGUUUGAAUUUAGAGGAAGGAUAUCAAGCUGAUUUAGCGUGGUUGAGAAGCUCCAUCGAAUCGCAUUAUAUCGAAUUUGACAAGAGCACUAUGCGGACCCAAGUGGAACCACUUCGUGGGGAAUCCCGAAGGGCCGCGCUACGGAGAGUAGAGUCUCUUUUCAAGAGCCAGCAGAAGGAGUUUGCAAGCAGCUUGGAAAAACAUGUCCACCGAUUGUGGCCUCGUGCGAUUUCAGAUCCGGCGAAUGCUGCCGUAGGUAAGACCUAUCUCAAGGUCCCCAAAGCCAUGCAUCAGAUCCGAGCGAGGUGUAAAAGUUGGCACAACAACCUCUUGUUCCUUCAGUCACUGGAGCAGGUGUGUUUCAAUAUGCGCUGCAUCACUCUAAGCCCGACCAUUUUCGGGACCAUUGACCAAACGUUACCCCUACCAGCGGCGCGAGACGUUCACCGACAUAUUCGGAUCAAUCACCUUUUUGCUUCUACAAACGCAUUAGGAAUUUCCAGCAGAGAUUUUUCGGUCCAGCUACCUAAUGUAGUUAUCAAGACCGAAUCAGCCAAUGAAGCGUGUCUGGUAUCGGCCUUAGGGAGCCGGAUUGCCAGUUUAGCCAAAUUACCCCAGGAAGGCUGUUACGUUGAGUAUUUAGCUGAAAGUAUUAAUCAAUUUGGCCAGAAUAAACAGCAGUUUUGUCUUACAGUCAAUGGCGAAGAAUUACAUUAA